AUGGAGUGUGAUGUAGUGGGAACUCCUUCACCACACCUCUCCUGGUUCAAAGACAACCAGCCCCUGCACCAAAUGUCGGGUUCCAGUGACAGGGCUAACGUGGAGAUCGUGAUUCUGAUCGGGACGGGUGUCUUCGCUGUGUUCUUCUGGGCUCUACUCAUCCUCAUCUUCUGCAACGUCAAACGGGUGAACCCAGCAGAUAUAAAGACAGGCUAUCUGUCCAUCAUAAUGGACCCAGGGGAGGUUCCUCUGUGUGAGCAGUUUGAAUACCUCCCCUACGACUCCUCCCAGUGGGAGAUAUCUAUGGACAAACUACAACUAG